AUGGAGAACAUUCCAGGAAUUAGGUACUUUGAAUAUGAUCAGUUUAAGGGUCAAAAUGAAAUUAUUGCAUAUGGUUCUGCGCCCAUUUAUAAAACUGAGUCGAAGGAUUUUGGAGAAUUUGUCGCUCUUAAAAUGAGAAGAGAUAUUAAGGAUUAUUUACAGGAGAAUGCACAAAACAUUUUCGUUCACAGCGGAAAAAUGUUGAUUGCAGCACAUUUAAUGAAGAAAGGUAUCGAUCAUAUAUAUGAACCCAAUUGGAAAUGCGAUGCUAAUAAAGGAUUUGGAAUUAUACCAUAUGUGGCUCCAGAAGUUUUAAUCGAUAAAAAAAAUUCUUAUCAAGCAGACGUAUACUCAUUUGGCAUUUUAUUAUAUGAGAUAUUGACAAAUUUAUCUCCAUAUUACAAUAUUACAUCCACAAGCAUUAAUAGCUUAUUAUCCAGAAUUCGUUAUGGCUUAAGGCCAAUUCUUCCAACGAAUACACCAGAACUACUUAAACAUAUUAUUACUCAAUGCUGGAAUGCUGAACCUCUUCGACGCCCAAAAAUUGAGGAAUUAAAUGUUAUUCUAGAUCAAUUGGAUUCAAAAGAAAAUAAAAAGUCCACAGAGUUGAAAAAUGAUUUACAUGACGAAAAGAAGGCAUUUUCGACUGAAUUCCUUUUAAACCCACCAAAACCACCUGUGAAUAACACUUUUACUAGAAAGUCUAUUCAAACCUUAAAUCUUAAUCCCACCUGA